CUUCCUUCGGCGACCCACACCGAUCGCCAUCACUCUGCCGUCCGCGAGACGGUGCAGGCCCAUCGGUGAGAUGAUGAACGCUGCAGGCAGAUCGCUGCUGCGGCGGCCGCAGACCGCUGCUGCGACGCUGUCUGGCUCGAGGAGGGCGCUCGCCACCGCGCCAAAGAUGAAGAGCUUCUCCAUCUACCGCUGGAACCCCGACGAACCAAACUCAAAGCCGCACAUGCAGGAGUACUCGAUCAAUAUGAACGAGUGCGGCCCGAUGGUGCUCGACGCGCUCAUCAAGAUCAAGAAUGAGCUGGACCCGACGCUGACGUUCCGUCGCUCCUGCCGCGAGGGCAUCUGCGGCUCGUGCGCGAUGAACAUCAACGGCAGCAACACGCUCGCCUGCCUCUGCAAGAUUGACACCAACCCCUCCACGGCCAUCUACCCGCUGCCGCACAUGUACGUCCUUAAGGACCUGGUGCCGGACCUGACGCACUUUUACGAGCAGCACAAGUCCGUGCAGCCCUACCUGAUCAACGACGACAUCACAGAUGUCGAGCACUACCAGUCCAAGGAGGACCGCUCCAAGCUCGACGGCCUGUACGAGUGCGUGCUGUGUGCUUGCUGCACGACUUCCUGCCCGUCGUACUGGUGGAACACCGACAAGUACCUGGGCCCGGCGGUGCUGCUGCAGUCCUACCGGUGGCUCGCCGACUCGCGAGACACCAUGAAGGCGGAGCGCCUCAAGUUCCUCGACGACGCCUUCAAGGUCUACCGCUGCCACACCAUCAUGAACUGCUCCAAGACCUGCCCUAAGCACCUCAACCCGGGCAAGGCGAUCGCUCAGAUCAAGCUCGAGAUGGCCGCGUCGCACUAGCCGCCCGCCACCCUCGUAGAACUGUGAUGAUGUGGAUCGUGUUGUGAAGGAAGAAAGCUCGCGGGGCCGUGCUCGAGCACGGCCCGUUUGCAGCGGCGCCCUUAUCGGCUUGUCGCAUGUGCGCUGUGCGGGCGGGGUUUUUGCCGGCUGUUGUUCAAAGGCACUGCGCAGCCUGUCGCACCUGCCUUUGAUUCAAGAGCCGGAGGACGUACCGAUUGCU